CAGGAUCUACGAUUUUGAUAAAAUACUCAUAUAUGAAUAUUUCAUCAACCUAGCUGUAACGGUACUCAAGUUAUCAUAUUUACACACAGACAGACACACAGACAUACGGACAAGAUUGCAAAAUUAUGUUUUUCCGUAUCAGUGAGGUGUAAAACGUCGAGAUUUGUGAAAAUCUCGAUAAUUUUUUUGUGCACGAUUACAAUACUCUCUCUCUAUAUACGAGAAAGUAAAAAGCACAUUUUUAUCCCAUGUCAACAACAUUACGGAAGGAUUUUCGUCAAGUCACUGGUGUCCAUUGUUUAAAAACAGGUAGGCUACAUAAAUGAAGCAGGGAAACAUUUUGGUAAUCUAUCGUUUUAGACGGCAGUUAAUGGCGGAAACAAUGAUUUUUGGAAACGCUACCCUUGAUGGCCAGGGAAGAUGGUGCUCCAACACCACAAAAAGGGACUACGAUGACUCGUUUAAACACUUUUAUGACAUCGCUCAGUUGACUACCGGUCUUAUCAUCUACCCGAUCGUUUGUUUUCCUGGAGUAGUUGGCAAUGCAUUGACCAUCUUCGUAUUGUCCAGACGAAACAUGCAUACUUCAACAAACGCAUUUCUCAGCGCUCUUGCGGUGGCGGACUCCAUUAAGCUUGUCAACGACAUUCUGUACUUUUUCGUCAGUGUUUUCAUGAGAACUUCUAGCAAGUUAGGCAAUUUGUCAUACGGCUAUUUGUAUCCGUACGCACACUUUGUGUUCAGUUUGUCUGUGUCUGUGUCUUCCUGGCUUACAGUGUCUGUGGCGGUAGAACGUUAUAUAAUGGUGUGCCACCCAACCCGUGCCAAGGCUGUAUGGAGCCGGCGUCGUGCCGUCUUCUUGUGUGCAUUUAUUUACAUCGUAAUGUCGACGCUAGCAUUGCCUUCAGCUUUGAGGUAUCGAACAAUUCGCUGUGUAGACCAGGAAACGAAAUCUACCCGUCUUGACGUGGAGCUGACCGACAUGUGGCAGAACACACUGUUUGUUACGAUUUAUACAUGGUGUCAGAACUUGCUACGGUCUAUCAUUCCUCUAAUAGCUCUUGUUAUUCUUAAUGCCUGUAUUAUAACCAAACUUCGGCGAACCAAAGCUAAACGGCGCAAGAAUGCUCGUCAUCGAGUCACUAUAAUGAUGAUUGUUGUGAUUCUAGUUUUUUUGAUUUGUAUAACACCGGACGCCAUCUUGUCUACAGCUUUUGGAUUUGGUUACCACGAGUCCGGCUAUCUGACAAGAGCAAUUCGUGAAAUCACCGAUACGUUGCUGGCUAUUAGUGCCGGUGUCAACUUUUUAAUCUAUUGUGCUUUUAAUCACGUGUUUCGUAAAAGUUUCACAAGAGUAUGCUGUCCUGUUAGGAGAGCAUCCAACUCGUGGAUGACUGAGCUAGACGAGUCGACUUACAGAAGGUUAUCUGAGGCCCGGACGGUUAUCAUGUCCAACAUUGAUUCAUCAUUAAGGAAAGAUGCCUCUCCCACCUUAGAUACGCCAACAAGCAAGUACGCUGCUCCACUGGAAACUUCCUUCAUUAUUGAGACCGUCCCCGUCAGUAGGUCACAAGUUGACAAUGAGAGCACAAGCUUACAACUUAAGUCAGGGCUCUCCAGCUGUGUCGUCGUCGUGAAGGACGAAAACAUUUUAAAGCCAAGCGACGAUAGUCAAAGUUUUCUAAAAGACAAAACAAAUCAAGCUGGUAAAAGCUAUCGAGUAGAACCGGGAAACGGUUUAUUUGAACCAACGCAGGCACUAAUCGUACAUCCGGCACCUCGCCUUUUCUCCAGUCGUCUCAAGAAGUCUAAAAAUAGCAUCAAAUGCAACCGGAAAAAAGGUCAGCUGAAUGUUGUAACGUUUAAGCAGACGUCGGAAACAAUAGAAAAGAGCAAUGCUGAUUCAGAGAACGCAAACUACAUUGUAAGAGAACGCGCUGACAGUUUAUGCCAACCCGACACACCGUCGACUGUUGUAUUAGUCCCUAUACAACAAAGAGCCUACAAACAGAGAAGAGAAUGUGACAUCCAACUAGUCAAUAGAAAAAGAUGCAAUACUGAACUUUAUGUGGAGAGAUUAAAAAACACAGAGGGUAUAUCUGUCGGUUGUGUUGAGGAUAGCAGCGUCCAAAAACACGGCGACACAAUCGGCACAAUAGAUACCAAGGCUGGUAGGAAAAAACGUCGAUUGACAGUAUCAUUCAACAUUCACACAAAGCCCAAUAAAUCAGAUCUUAGUUUUGGCAGAUGUCAGACAACUUGACGAUCGUGACAAGUUGAAAGGACGUAAGGAGGAAAUCUAUGUGAAAAAUGUCGGGAAUUUAGAUGAAACUUACAAUUUGAAAAAGCAAUUUCUAACUACUGAUUUAUAGAUUCGACAGCACUUUUUAAAUAUAUCUGCAUCUGCAAUUGUAUCUGUAUCUGUACCUGUACCUAUAUCUGUAUUUGUAUCUGUACACACACACCUAUACAACUACACACACAUAUACACAUACAUACCCUAGCCACAACCUCAGCCACAAACAUAAACACAAUCAUAAACAUACACAUAAACACAAGCACAUACACAAACUUGAAUUUUUUAAAUGUAAUUUUAAUUAUUUUUUAAAAUCUUGUAAUACUCAAAAGGGAAGUAAUUGUUACAUUUUAAGAUAAAAUUAUA